UCUACAACCAAAACAAACCAUCGUGCUUCGAAUAACAGGCCGUGCGACGUGCGUUGUAAACAAUUUCAACCCAUCAUUUAAGUUAAUACGGUCUCAAUUAGAAAUAAGCUGUUCAACCAUGGGACCUGUAAAGAAGAAGAAAUUCCAGCUUCCUAAGUCGCUCCUAGAAAUGAAAUUUAUGAAGAAAACCAAAGAACAGGAGGAAAAAAGACGAGAGGAUGAGGACAGGAAAGAAAUGUUUUCAAGUGAAAUCACAGAUUUGAUGGUUUCGGAAGGACAGAGAUAUGUAGAAGAACCCAGUCUUGUUCCACUACUCAAUCUGCGUGAAGGUCGAUUUUCGUAUCACGGCUUCAACAAGGAGAUUGAGCAGAUUAUGCAGGCAGAGGAGAGUGCAAAGCGCGACGCAGAGCAAAUGCGGCUCGACGCCAUGAAGCAGGAGCAAGAAGAGAAGUGUGUGAUGGACGAGGACAUGGCCCUGAGGAUGGCCUCGCUCUCAAAGUCUGUCGGUCUCCGGUUUAUGAAUAAGAGACAGAGAAGUGAGGCUUUGUCACAAGACAAUCCGUACAAAAAGGUUCGGAAAGUGGAAAAUAAAAAUAAUUAGCUGUAAAUGAAACAAAUUUUUUUAUCUUGCGUC